CUUAUUCAUAAGCUUCUCUUUCUUUCUCUUUGUGCACCUUCCUUCUUCUCUUGGUUUCUUUCUUACUCAAAAGUGAUUCAUCUCUUCAGGUUGUUUAGAAGAGAAAAAUGGUGAAGAUCUGCUGCAUUGGUGCUGGAUAUGUGGGGGGUCCUACAAUGGCAGUCAUUGCACUAAAGUGUCCAUCCAUUGAAGUGGCUGUUGUUGAUAUCUCGAAAUCACGCAUUGCAGCAUGGAACAGUGACCAGCUUCCUAUCUAUGAGCCAGGCCUUGAUGGUGUGGUAAAGCAAUGCCGUGGCAAGAACCUUUUCUUUAGCACUGAUGUUGAAAAACAUGUCUAUGAGGCUGACAUUGUCUUUGUGUCUGUCAACACACCGACGAAAACUCGGGGUCUUGGAGCUGGAAAAGCAGCAGAUUUAACAUAUUGGGAAAGUGCAGCUCGCAUGAUUGCCGAUGUCUCUAAGAGUGACAAAAUUGUGGUGGAGAAAUCCACUGUUCCUGUCAAAACUGCUGAGGCUAUAGAGAAAAUUUUGACUCACAAUGGCAAGGGUAUAAAAUUCCAGAUUCUAUCAAACCCAGAAUUCCUUGCUGAGGGAACUGCAAUCCAAGAUCUUUUCAACCCGGAUCGCGUUCUCAUUGGAGGCAGGGAGACCCCAGAAGGGCAAAUGGCCAUUCAAACAUUGAAGGAUGUUUAUUCUCAUUGGGUUUCUGAAGACAGAAUCCUCACCACAAAUCUUUGGUCUGCAGAGUUGUCUAAGCUUGCUGCUAAUGCUUUCUUGGCCCAAAGGAUUUCUUCUGUCAAUGCCAUGUCAGCACUUUGUGAGGCUACUGGGGCUAAUGUUACACAAGUGUCUUAUUCUGUUGGAACAGACUCAAGGAUUGGACCCAAGUUCCUGAAUGCUAGUGUUGGUUUUGGCGGAUCAUGCUUCCAAAAAGAUAUCUUGAAUCUUGUUUACAUCUGUGAGUGCAAUGGCCUUCCAGAGGUGGCAGAGUACUGGAAACAAGUGAUCAAGAUCAAUGAUUAUCAGAAGAGCCGGUUUGUAAACCGUGUUGUUGCAUCAAUGUUUAACACAGUUGCAACCAAAAAGAUAGCCAUUUUGGGAUUUGCAUUCAAGAAGGACACUGGUGAUACAAGGGAGACACCAGCAAUUGAUGUGUGCAAAGGGCUACUCGGUGACAAAGCGCGCCUUAGCAUAUAUGAUCCGCAGGUAACUGAGGACCAAAUUCAAAGGGAUCUAUGGAUGAACAAGUUUGAUUGGGAUCACCCAAUUCACCUUCAGCCUACAAGUCCCACAACUGAGAAGAAAGUGAGUGUGGUUUGGGAUGCAUAUGAGGCAACAAAGGAUGCAGAUGGUGUUUGCAUUUUGACUGAGUGGGAUGAGUUCAAGACUCUUGAUUAUCAGAAGAUAUAUGACAACAUGAGAAAACCAGCAUUUGUUUUCGAUGGAAGGAACAUUGUGGAUGUUAAUAAGCUACGUGAGAUUGGGUUCAUUGUGUACUCAAUUGGUAAGCCACUGGAUCCAUGGCUCAAGGACAUGCCAGCUGUGGCAUAGAACAUCUGUUAAGAACUAAGGCAUUCAGUUUGGUUCAAUUUAAUGUUAAUUUUUUUGAACAAUUUUUACUUUGCCAUUUUUUACUUUCCCAUAGUAGUUGUUGGCAUAAAUGAGUAUAAAUUAUGGGAAAGUAGGAGGCUCUGUGUUUUGCAUUUCUUUGUCAGUAUUACUGUUUGGCUGUCAUGAGUUUACAAGGGAUUUUUUAUUUG